UUUUUGCUCAGUGUACAACUGAACUGACAAUUUAAUCAUUCAAUUGAAUUCUAAGAGUUGAAUUAAAAAUAUGUACCAAAAAUUGGAAGCUAAAAGAAAAUUUAAGAAGAUAAUUAAUUUCUUUUUGACAUAAAUUUCCCCUGCAAUGGAGAUUCCCCUAAACAUAGAUAGUAUAUGUCGAACUUGUCUCUGCGAAACGGACAGCACCACUAGUGUUUUUUGUGAAGAUUUUCAACAAAACUGCAAAAUAUUUUCAAUGAUUACUGCUUGCAGUGGUAUGAAGAUCGAAGAGAACGAUGGUCUGCCAGAUAGGAUCUGCUCCAAAUGUAUUGACUCGGUACGGAAUGCAUUUGCGUUCAAGCAACAGUGUGAUAUUGCUUAUCAAACCCUGCAAUCUUUCAUCACUCAGUGCAACUUGGCUAAAGCGUCCUUGGACACAUCAGAUAAAACACAGCAACAAAAACACGACAUAGAAGCAAAGGAAUUACUCGUCGAAGUUGAAUAUUUACCCGAUACAGUGGAUAUUAUAAGGGACAAAAGCAAAAUCGAUCUAAUUCUUGAGCAAGGAGCAUGUAAAAUAGAGAUUUUCGAAAACGUUGAAUAUUUAUCAGAAAACAUCGAGGAAGUGGUUAAGUUAGAAAAGAUCGAACCGAUCCAAAAUGAAGGCACAGAAAUCGAUGAAUUCAUUGAAGCUCCUUAUAGUCCAAGUUUAAACGACGUCGAACACGAUGGAACUUGGAAUAAAAUGAAAUCAAAUAACAGAAAAAUCGAGAGUUCUCCGGGUAGUAAACAAUGUGAAUACUGCGAUAAAACUUUUAGCAGGGCAACACAUCUUCGGCGGCAUUUGUUAACCCAUACUAAGGAAAAAAAAUUUAAAUGUAAAAUCUGUUUCAAACCGUUCGCUAGAAGCGAUCAUUUAACUAUACACGAAUCAACGUUCCAUUCUAAAGAGAGACCAUUUUCUUGUCAGCUGUGUGAGAAGAGUUUCAAAAGAGCGGAACAUUUGCGAACACAUGUCGAAUCGAAACACAAUGAAUCAGUUAUGAGCAAAAAACAAGAAUUUUGUGACGUGUGCAACAAGGGAUUUACUUCAGCCAGAUAUUUGGAAGCACACAAAAAGGCUCACACCGAAGAAAGAGUGUAUAAUUGCAAAUACUGUAGAAUGCAAUUCUCAGAAAAAAAUGACCAUCGUCAGCACGUCAAACGAGAACAUCAAGAUGGAACGACGUUUUUGUGUUCCGAAUGUGGCCAAAGCUUCAUGCGAAACGACUAUCUGCUGGUUCAUAUGAGACGUCACAAUGGAAUUAAGCCAUAUAAGUGUAAGUUCUGCACAAAGGCCUUUCCCAGGGCGACAGAUUUAAGGGUUCAUGAAAAAUAUCACACGAACGAAAAGGCUCACCUCUGCACAAUUUGUGGUAAAGGUUUCCACAGAGCAUACAAUUUGUUGGUUCAUAGUCGAACCCACAACGGAAUGAAACCGUAUCAAUGUCCACAUUGUCCAAAAAGUUUCGCACAAGGAAAUGAUCUUAAAGCUCACGUACGACGCCACACUGGAGAACGGUACAAAUGUGACAUAUGUAAUGAAGGAUUUAUACAGUGCUAUCAACUGAACAAUCACAAACGAACGGUUCACAACAUCGAUACUGCCGCUAAUGUACGGCGGGUUACCAAGUUUCUUACCGCAACCGCGCAGGAGCAACAGGUUUUGCUUCAAAAGCAUCAUGCAAGAUUAGAGCAACUGGUUGCCCAGCGAAGGGAAUUAGAAGAACAGCAACAUACGUGGAGCGAUGAACAAGUUGACCACGAUCCGGAUGUGGAGAAGAAAAUUCUAGAGACGAAUGAAAGAAUUCUGGAUGUAGAACGAGAGUUAGAAGACAUUAAUAGUCGCCUGAAUAAUGAAUUGGAACGACAGCAUGGCGAACAAGAUCUGCAGCCAGAUCCUGAUCAGCUGAACGAAAUUUUAGAAGACAACGAUGAGGAAUACAGUCCAAAUGCAUCCUACCAACCGCGGUUUCACCACAAUAUAACUUUGUCAAGCAUUAAUCUUAAGCAAUAGCACCGAAAUUUUCUUCUAUAAAGGUCUGUAAAUAACUGUAAGUCAGUA